CGGUGUAAUGGAUGGGAAGACAGAUUCCUUGGUAAUGACCAUGCAUUUGCUUGCCAAACCAGGACACGCACUCCCCUUGCAGCAAGCCCUUGACAAGCUUCAAGAAUGGAUCUGUCUGGAUGUGCGUCUCUUCCUUGUUUCAGAGCGUUCAUCUCCUAUUAAAUAUUAUGAGACUUACCGCCAAAAAAGCACCAGGUUUCCUGGAACAUCUGUUCUGCUCUUUCUGCAUGAAGACCUGGGGGAAGAACGGAUCUUCCAAGUCCAUGAUUUCUUUCAAUAUCCACCAUGGCAACGUAUCCACAUCGAGAGUGCUGGUGGGAAGCAGACUCCUGAUGCCCUGGCUCACCAGGGUUUCUAUGGGCUGGAUGAGCACAUGCCCGUUUGGGGACUCAGGCAAGUGCACUAUGGUACGGAAAUUGUGCGUGUCACCCUCUACUGUAGUUUUGACAACUAUGAUGACGCGGUGAGGCUCUAUGAGAUGAUUCUGCAGCAAGAAGCGACGGUGCAGAAAAGCACCUUUUGUGCCUUCGUGCUUUAUGCAACCCAAAGCAUUGCGGUUCAGCUCUGUUUGAAGCAGCUGCCUGUGGGGAUGUGUGUUGACUCCAAGGAGUCUUCAGUGUUGCAGUUCCAAGUGCAUGAAAUUGGACAGCUGGUUCCUCUUCUCCCAAAUCCCUGUGUUCCAAUAAGCAGCACACGGUGGCAAACAGAAGACUAUGAAGGAAACAGGAUCCUACUGCAGGUUCAGGGCAUUUCAAAUCACAGUGGACACCAAUGUUCACCAUCCAGUUCGCUAACUUUGGAUAAGGAAGAGCCCCCUUGUUAUCAUGCAAGUUCAUCCCAGGUGACUGCCAAAAAAACUGCUGUAACACAGAAAAACCGAACUCUCAGAGCCAUGAAGAAUAAAAAUAAAUCUGCGCAGAAUCGAGCACAUCUUUCAGGAAAUCAUUGUGGUCAGUUACAAAAGACCAUUUGCUCAUCAACCCGCUCAUACAGCCCAACAGAGUCUUCUCAACAGGACCAAAGUACUUCCCACGGAAGAUUGGCUACUAAGUGGAGACACUCCAGCCACGAACUCUGGUUGCAUCAAAAGGACGAAGAGAUGAAUGUUGAUACAGGCAACAGAGUAGUAUCCCCUGAGUGCAGUGAUUCCCCGCUAAAUAGGUUUUCAAAGGACCUGGAAGAUAUACUUCUUCAGUCCUGGGCACCAUCCACUUCAGUCCCAGGCACUGACUCCAGAAUCAGCUUACUUUCCAAAGGGAGAAACCCUGCAUUGUCACAUAGUGAUAAAAGGACUAAAGACUCAGGACACAGAGUGCCAGGUUUUGACUUGGGAACAUCAGAAGCAAAGUAUGGAAAUAGAGAGGAGGAGGAGGAAGAAUUCUUUAUAUGACUUUCUUUUCUAGCUUCAUUUCUAAGUGCCUUAUUUCUGAAAUGACAGAAUGAACAAUCUGUAUGCCGCACAAAGACCCUGUCCUUGUGUAGAUACCCCAGCUACCUAUACUACCUUUUCAUAUUAGUGUUUUUAAAAAGAAAGCUUAAAAGUAGUUUGCAGGAAAUCCCAAAUGUUUAUGAGCUUAUUAUGACUAAUUCUAGGGCCCAGAAAAAAAGAGCAUAAAAGAUUUGAGCUACGUUUCAUGUUCUAGAGGACUAUUGUGCAAUAGAUUGUUUUGAUGCUUUUUGAGCUUAUUGUUGUGUGCCUUCUGGCUUAGUUUUGGGUUGCCAUAAGUCAGUAAUUUCUGACUUACGGCAGCCCUAAACUAAUCUUAUCACAGAGUUUUCUUGGCAAGAUAAUUAGUCAUUGCCUUUCUCCGAGGCUGAAAGAGUAUGACUUGCCCAAGGUCACCCAGUGGAUUUCCCUGGCUGAAAGGGGAUUUGAACCCAAGAAUCAUAGUCCAGCACCCAAACCACUACAUACACUGACUUUCGCACUUACAAAGUGUCAUUACAAACUGGGUAGAGGAUUUUCUUCCUCUUAUAAAAGCUUUUAACAUCUGUCUGCUGCCCCCAUUUGGUAACACAGCAAUUUCACAGUCUGUCCUUUUGUCUGUGCAGCAGAAUUACAUUGCCAGUUUGCCCAGAGCUUUUUCUAAUUUUUGCAGAUGCAUCCCAUUUAAGAGACUUUUGGGACCAUAGAGUUUACUGCAUUCCAGUGGCUCAUGGAUGACUACUCUGCAUGAGAGAGUGGCCUGCUUUGUAGUGUGUAAUGCCAUGCUGGGUUAGAAUCCUUGCAGUAAUAAAGAUGCUGGAGUUCUCUAUGAUGAGUGGUUUUUAUAUUUGGUAGAUGGCAAAGUAAGCAAAUAUUCUACCAUAUAGCAAGAAAUACUAUGUUUUAGAAGCUAGGAUUAUUGAGCUGUCAAUUAAAUGACAACUUGCAAAUAUUUCCAAGUUGUUAUUUUAAAAUUGCAGUCUCAAUAUCUUCUAUUGGGAGUUCCCUUUGUUUUUCUUUCAUUGUAAGUGUCUGUUGCUGUUGUGAGCCUUAACAUUAUUUCUAAACAAUGGUAAUUCUAAGGUCUGGAAGCCAAGCCCUAUGGGGAGGGCUGGGGGAGCUGAGUAUUUUUAGCUUGAAGAACAGAAGGUUACAAGGGGACAUGAUAGUCAUGUUGGAAUAUUUGGAAGAAUGUCAUACUGAGGAGGAAGCAAAUUUAUUUUCUGCCACUUUGAAAACUAGGACUUGGAACAAUGAAUUCAAAUUACAGGAAAGAGCUGUCCAACAGUGGAACUCACUGCCUCGGAAUGUGGUGGAGGCUCCAUUUUUGGAGGCUUUUAAACUGAGGCUACAUGGCCAUCUGUUGGGGAUGCUUUGAUUAUGUACUCCUACAUGGCAGGGGGUUGGACUGUACCACCAUUGUGGUCUCUUUCAACUCUUAUUAUUCUAAUGUGAAUUUAUCAGGAGAUUUUCGUGCCAAAAUUUGUUCAGAGGAAGUUUGCCUUCCUCUGAGGCUGAGAGAUUAUGGCUUGCCCACAGUUACCCAGUGGGUUUCCAUGACCAAGCAAGGAUUCAAAGACUGAUAAUCCAGGGUUGUAGUCCUACACUCAAAUGACUACACCACCCUGGCUCUGUUGUUGUCUCUGCUCAUCUUGUAGAACUGGUUCUUGCUUCAUAUGACAUCUAGUUGUAGAGCAAUGGCACUGUUAACCUGACUAAGGCUGUUCUUCUUGAUGCAUGAAUAGUGAUGUAAUAGACUCAGGGUUUGCCAGCUUCAAGUGCCAAGGUGUUUUUUUUUUAUGGCAGAGAUGAUUAUGUAAAUCAACACAUUGACUGUAUUGUUUAUUCCCUCUGACCUUCACUGCAGUCUACACAGCAGCUAGUGGGGAGGGGAAUACUUUUUUUGGGAUGUACUCCUGCUGCACUGUAAAGUAUUUUGAGGUGGCUUGCUCUUGAAUGGGUUAUUAGAUCCAUUAAUUUUGCCAUUUUAUACAAUGGCAAAAUCAAGACUUGCUUUUUGGGGGGUUUUAAAAAAUAUUUUAAAUAUGUGGGUGGUGGAAUCUGUGGUUAUGGAAAGCUGCCUGUACAUUAUUGUUCAGUUAUUCUCCUCCCUCCAGAGUUUAGCUAACCUUGUUUGCCACCUUUUUGCUACUUGUUUACAAAUGGAAUAUGAAAAAGCCCUAGCAUGUCUCCAGAAAUGUGUGCCUUAGGCCAUCUUCUUGCACCUGAACUCUAGAAACACAAUGCCGUUUGAACUAGAAACCUUUAUCAGUUUUUUCCCCUUUGUUAAUACUCUAGUUACUGCAGAAAUGCUGUCUGAGUGAAUAGGCUUCUUCCUGCUUGUGCCGCUCCGCUUGAUGACGCUUGAUAAUGAAAGGUACACCAGGCUUAUUGCAUGUGGCUUGUGCCUAUCGCUUUCCAAGUGCUCUUAACACCAGAGGAGGUGAAGUGAUGAGUUAAUAGUACAACUGAGUCAUAUUCAGUAGCACAUAGCAAUAUAAAUACAUGAACAUAUGGUCAGUGUUGAUGUGAGUGGGUAUACCUGAAUGGAUGAGAUGGCCUAUCCCAGGCCGUCUCUACACGAGUAUUUCUGCCCUGCUGAAUCUGGAAUCAGUGAGUAGACAAUGUAACCUGCUUCUGUAAUGGCACAUCCCUAUGACCCCACUACCGCCAGCUAUAGAGCUCCCUGUGAACACCAGGUUGUCAUAUCUGCUGAUGUCAGAAUGGGUGCUCCAUAAUCAGCAGAGCAACCUCUUGUCUUGCUGUUCAUACAGAUGCCCCAUUCUGACAUCAACAAAUGGACAGGCAAUGGUCUGGCACUUGCAGGAUGAUCCGUGAUUAGCAAAGAGAGAUGAUCCUUCUCCUGCCCCUGAGCUUUUUCUUUUUGUGUCAGGAGUAACUUGAGAAAUUGCAAGUCACUUCUGGUGUGAGAGAAUGAGCUAUCUGCAAGGAUAUUGCCCAGGGGACACCCAGAUGUUUGACCAUCCUGUGGGAGGCUUCUCUCAUGUUCCCACAUGAGAAGCUGGAGCUGACAGACAGGAGCUCACCCCACUUCCCGGAUUCGAACCAUCGACCUUUCAGUCAGCAGUCCUGCCAGCACAAGGGUUUAACCCAUUGCACUACCUCAGAGAAAGGAUGAUAGUGGUGGUGCCCAUCUGGACAGUGAAUUGGGCUGAAACAGGUCUAAUCAAGCUAUCCAUUUGACUGCAAAGCCCCAGGAGGCUCUAGAGCAGGGCUUCUUAAAUGUUUCCCGCUCACGACCCCUCUCUGCUCAAGAAAUCUGAAUAUAUAGGCAUAUAAUAUUGGUAUAACACCGCCCAGAAAAUUUUGGUUGUUGUCUGGGCUUUUAGUCCUAUUCCUGGGGUAUUUGUGGCGCUGAUUCAGAAAGAUCGCAGGUUCAAAUCCGGGGAGCAGCGUGAGCUCCCGCUGUUAGCCCCAGUUUCUGCCGACUAGCAGUUUGAAGGAUGCAAAUGUGAGUAGAUCAAUAGGUACCACUCCAGUGGGAAGGUAAUGGCACUCCAUGUAGUCAGGCUGGCCACAUGACCUUGGAGGUGUCUAUGGACAAUGCUGGCUCUUCAGCUUAGAAAUGGAGAUGAGCACCAACCCCCAGAGUUGGGCACAACUGGACUUAAUUUCCAGUUUGUAAAUACUGUAUGUUGUUGCUGACAGAUUUGUGUUAAGGUCAAGAAACCUUUUCCUCUUGUCAAAUUUUUGUGACUCCAACUUUGAGCUAAGAGGACCCCAUUUGAGGCCAGGAUUGAUAGUUUAAGAAGCAGUGUUCUAGAGCAGUGAUUCCAGAACUCUAAGCUUCCAAGUAUUUUUGAACUUCAAAUCCCAUGAGCCUCAACUGCCUUAUACAAUGAUCAGGACUUUUGGGAACUCAAGCCUAAAACCCUUGAAAGGCUGAGGGAGACUGAAAGACUAGCGUUUGGGAAACACUGCUCUGGAUUUUCCUGUGAACUCCAGAGUAUUCUCCAACUUUACCUAAAGGAGAGCAAUGUCGAGCUAUGGGUAAAUAUCCAGGAUACUUACCAGAAGUCCCUGUGCAAUAUGUAGACAGCCAGCAAUGGAUUUUAGGGGAGUCCAGGUUUUUUUCAUGUAGACAAGCCCUCAAAGAGCUACUGCCAGUUAGCAUACACAAUACAUGUCCAGAUGGAACAACAGUUUGGCCUUCUCUUGCUUACACUGGAACAGACUGAAGAAAAUGUGUUAUCAGCUAUCAAGCUACACAGUUUUGCUGGCAUUUAUUUUCACAUAUUUCUAUUGUAGUAAAUUCAAUAUUUGUGAACAUGAUCUUCAAACAGAAUGUAUGGUUGAGCACACCAUGUUCAUGUUAUUUAUAGAUGGCUCCUAUAUUUAAAGAAAUAAACACUAAUUUAUAUUCACAAAGUGAGACCUAUACUUUUAAAUAUUGCAUGCAUUCUACUCUCUUAGCAGUUAGAACACUCUUCAUACCACAGUGCCAUAAAUAUUCAUCAGAGCUGAGAAGUAAUGAGUUACAAUGAUUAAUUGUAAUUGGUCACAUUUUACAGAAAUGAAGUGAAUAGUGGUAACCUAACAAGAUAACCUAACCAGGCCCUCUGGUGGCGCAGUGGAUUAAACAGCUGAGCUACUGAACUUGCUGACCAUAAAGUUGGCGGUUCAAAUCCAGGGAGCGGGGUGAGCUCCCGUUGUUAGGCCCAGCUUCUGCCAACCUAGCAGUUUGAAAACAUCCAAGUGUGAGUAGAUCAAUAGUACUGCUUCUGCAGGAAGGUAAUGACAUGCCAUGCAGUCAUGCUGGCCACAUCACCUUGGAGGUGUCUACGGACAACGCCGGCUCUUCGGCUUAGAAAUUGAGAUGAGCACCACCCCCAGAGUUGGACACGACUGGAUUUAAUGUCAGGGGGAAACCUUUACCUUAACAAGGAAUAACAAGUUUCCUUUGAUUGCAAAAAGUUAUGUGCCAGUAGUCUUACUAAACAGUAGAAGUAAAAUUGUGGCUGGUUAAAACAUU